CCUCCAAGAUGGCGGCAGAGGCAACCUGCAGCUCCGGCGCGGGGAGUACCACGUCUGUGGCAGCGGCCGCCCGCAAGAGCAACAUCACCAGUUUCCAGAGGAGGGGUCCUAAAGCCGGUGGGACCGAGAGCAGCGGCCCUCGACUGGUGUCCAUUGCGGGCACGCGACCGUCGGUGCGGAAUGGACAACUGCUGGUAUCAACCGGGCUCCCCGCCCUGGACCAGCUCUUAGGUGGAGGUUUAGCUGUUGGAACAGUUCUUCUGAUUGAAGAGGAUAAAUAUAAUAUUUACUCAUCUGUGCUCUUCAAGUAUUUCCUGGCAGAAGGACUCAUCAAUGGGCAUGUUUUAUUGGUUGCAUCUGCUAAAGAAGACCCUGCUGACAUUUUACAGGAACUCCCUGCACCAUUACUUGAUGAUAAUUAUAGAAAAGAACUUGAUGCAGAAGCACGUGAUCAUCAAACAACAGAAUCUAAUACUAAGAUGAAAAUCGCUUGGCGUUACCAGUUAUUACCCAAGAUGGAGGUUGGACCAGUAUCAUCUUCAAGAUUUGGUCACUAUUAUGAUGUAUCAAAAAGGAUGCCACAAGAACUACUGGAGGCUUCAAAAUGUCAUGGAUUUUUUCUUCCACAAAAAGUAUCUUCAACUCUUAAAGUAGAACCCUAUUCUUUGACUCACGGCUACACAAAGCUGCUUCAGUUCAUCCAGAACAUCAUUUAUGAGGAAGGAUUUGAUGGAUCCAAUCCCCAGAACAAACAGAAAAACAUUUUAAGAAUAGGAAUUCAGAAUCUUGGUUCACCCUUAUGGGGAGAUGAUAUUUGCUGUACAGAAAACUGUAACAACAGUCACAACCUUACCAAAUUCCUCUAUGUUCUCCGUGGUCUUCUUAGAACCUCUCUGUCAGCCUGUAUCAUCACAAUGCCAACACAUCUUAUCCAGAAUAAAGCAAUUAUUUCCCGUGUUACAAACUUGUCAGAUACAGUGGUUGGUCUGGAAUCUUUUAUCGGUUCUGAGAGAGAAACCAACCCAUUAUAUAAGGAUUAUCAUGGUUUGAUUCAUAUUCGGCAAAUUCCUCGGCUUAAUAACUUGAUUUGUGAUGAAUCAGAUGUCAAAGACUUAGCUUUUAAAUUAAAAAGGAAGCUAUUCACCAUUGAGCGACUGCAUUUGCCUCCAGACUUGUCAGACACAGUGAGCCGCUCAAGCAAACAGGAUCUGGCAGAAUCCGCCAAGCUGCUGGGCCCAGGCUGUGGCACGAUGGCCGGAGGCAAGAAGCACCUGGACUUCUAGGGAUUCCUCCUUAGUCACUGCAUGCAGAAUUACAUGACACUCUAAUUAUGAUUGCUAAUAGCUUAUGUAAAUAUUUUUCUUAAUGAUUUGACCCUCCAAUCCUUAAAAACACAGUUAAGAUUUCAAAAUGGGGCCACCAUUCUGCUUUUUGUAACCAACUUUUUGUACAGAAAUACUUUUAUUUUGGAAUUUUGUUUUUGCUAUUUCCAGAGAAAAUAAAUCAUUUAUUUUUAAGUAAAUGGGGAAAAAGGUUAGAAGAAAUCAAAAUGCCUUACAGUGGUCAUUAGUGUGCAUGAGGUAAGGCACUUAGUAUCAUGGGAAAGCACAUGUUACAGCAAGUAGCAUGUGAAACAAGAAAUUCAGGUUGUAUUCAAAAACAUUUUAUCUUUUUUUCUGAAAAAGUCAUUUGCCACCAAAAAUGCUGAGGGUUUUUUUUUAAAGAAAAUUUUGUUUGCAAAUCUAUGAAAUAAAUUUGCAUUUAUGUAGCCUAUUAUUAAACUGAUGAAGACAAAAUAAUAUUGGGGAUUCAGACUCUGUUUAAGAUAAUUAAUCUGCCAUAGUAGUUAAUAAAUAUAAAGAACUUGAGUGAUAGAAAGCAUAGAAAAAGAAGUUGAUGGUCUUCUAUUUAGUAAUCCUAAACAAUUGAAAUCAGCACUAUGAAAUUAUGUCAACAGAUAUAAUUCAGGAUUGAAAUUCAAACUGACAGCUAUGAUAAUACUAGGAUAGUGGGGGAAGCACGUAUUGAAGCUUGGUGAGAGAUUUUUGCAAUAUAGGUCCAAGACAAAGAGAAAAAUGAGAGUAACUCAGAUUUCCAUUGCAUCAUGUAAACCCUUUGUUAAUUAUGAACAUUAGGUGAAUAUGUAAAUUUUUAACCAAAUAAACAUAUCUUUGGGGGAAUAUAGCAUUUUGCCCCAGUUUUCAUAUAAAACAUGAGGUUUUUUUGAAUCAUAGUUGCAUAUUCUCAAAGCUUUUGCAAAUUCAUAGACUAAAAGUAAAAGUUAAAAAGUAACUUGCAUAUUUAAGUAAAGCAUCUCAAUUUUUAAAGACACUUAUCAUUCCAUUAGGAGAGACUGAAUUUCCAAAAUACAUUUUCAAUUAUAUUAGAAUAUUUUGAAGUAGUUAUAACUAGCAUUUUCGAGCAGUUUGCUUUUAAUAUACUGCAAAUUAUAUUUUAUUUGCUCUUGACAACAUUGUAGAAAACAAAGACUAGGUUUUUAAAACUGUCUAACCAAUAUGAUGAAUGUCAGUCACUUAAAAAAAAACCCACUGUAGCAUAAACACAUACUGUAUACAGCUUUUAUUCAGAAUUAGAAUAAUUGAAUCAAUGACAGUGAUUUGCCAGGAUGUCAAAUCUCUCCAUCAUAUCCUGUCACUACCAGUUUAUUUUUUGUGAUCAAAAUCAAAAGACAACUAUUUGUCACCCGCUAUUUCAUUAGUACGAAAAAAUCGGGUUUAUUCUAUUUUUUUAGAAUGUCUGGUUUAUUUUUUUCAUCUCUUUUAAUUCUAAAGACGCAAAUUCUUCCCCAUUUUCUUUUCAAAAUAAAGUUUCAGAAUUGAUCUGUCAGUUAAAAUUAAAGGGCUUUAUAUAAAGCAAUGGUGCUUUUAAGAUUUAAAGCAACUUCAAAAAAUCAAUUUAGUCCAUAGAUAAUAAAUAAUGUUAUGCAGAUACUCCACAAAAGCUUUGCUGUGUCCUUUGAAUGCAUUGUGAACAAAGUGAAUAAAUUCAAAUGAAUAUUGUA